AUGCCUGCCACACAAGACACGUUGCAAGCCGUAAAGCAAAGCGAAAUUGAAGCUAAUCUCCGGACGCCUGAUGCUUGCACAAAGACCUUCUACCUGCAGCAAGUGAAUUACAGGGUUAAAGAUCCGAGGAAAUCGUUGGAAUUUUAUACCGGAGUGCUGGGCAUGAAACUGCUUCACCGAAUCGAUUUUCCGUCGAUGAAAUUUACGGCAUACUUUGUUGGGUAUGAUGAUGGCUCAAAGAAACCUGACGAUCCGAAGGAGCAGGUGGCUUGGGUUCUCUCACGCAAGGCGACGCUGGAGUUGACCCACAACUGGGGCACGGAAAACGAACCAGAUCAACACUAUCACAAUGGAAAUACAGAACCCCGUGGUUUCGGUCAUAUUGGAAUUGGCGUCCCUGAUGUAUACGAAGCGUUCGAAAGGUUCAAAAAGUUGAACGUGCCAAUCAAAAAGGAGCCCGACGGUGGUUCGAUCAAGGGUAUAAUGUUCAUCGCUGAUCCGGACGAUUACAGAAUAGAAAUCUUCCAACCGAAGACAUUCGACACUACACUGUGCUUGCCACAACAGUAA